GGGCUUAACAAUAAGUCCCAGGGUCGAUUCAUGCGACUAAAAUUCCCCAAUGACUCAGCAUGAUCGCAGUCAAAUGACUGAAACAAGUACAUGAUAAAAGAUACUUUUAUUGAUGGCUUUUCUGCUUCGAGAUUCAAUGUUCCGAAAAAAAAAAACAUUGCUUCUCUUUUAUUUCGUAAUUGACUUAACUACAAAAACUUUUAACAUAAAAAAAGGCAUAUUAGGUGUUACAGGAACCAAUACGAGACAGGAAAGUGAAUUGGUAUAUGUUUUAGCUUCACUUUCCAACACGGUGCAAAUGGGAUCUUCAUCUCACAAAAUUUGUAUUACAUUUGGGCUUCUUGUCUUAGCUCAUGCUGCCUAUUCGGCUGCCCAACAUCGAGCAUAUCUACGUUUGAUUAAAAAUGACUUUACGCGAUUACCAUUGGAUGUAAGUAAUGAUUUAAAUUAUCUAAAAGUAGACCCUCUUAAUGUGUGUGUGUUAGAAAUAUAUUAUAUUGUUACUAUUUACAUUUUAACAUGUUAACCACCACAUAUACAAUGGAUGGUUCAUCACAAACUUCACAUAACUACCACAUGUACCACCAGUGGUACAUUUUCAUAAUUUGAGAAAAUAUUUUAUUCUGUAUCUUUGACAUGGU